AUGGAGAAACUGGCUACCCAGUACCAGCAGCCACUGGGCAGGARACACCAGGAACUCGCAGUUGAGAGCCAAGGUCUCAAGGAAGGCCCCAGCUCCAACCACAACAGUUUGUCUUUUGAACCAGAAGCACAAGAAACCGCAGACGAGCUGCAGGCGCGCGUGGAGGCGCGGGGCACGCAGGCCGCCGUCUUCAAGUUCUACCAGUUCCUCAAGUGCCGCCGCGGCUGGGUGGCCGACCUCAUCCGCGCGCUGCACCGCAACAACGCGGGCCACCUGGCCGAGGAGCUGCAGCGCGUCUACGACCGCCACCGGCCCCGCGAGCGGCGGCCGGGCCCGGCCCCGGGCCCCGCCGGCUCCCCCGCCGCCAGCAGCGCUCCCGGCCCCUCCGCCUGGGAGCCGGAGGCCGCCGCGGCUCCCACGGAGGAGCGUCCGCACCGGGAUGCGACGGUGCUCAGCCGCGAGGAGAGCUCGGCACCCGGCACGACAUCGGAACCCGGCAGGGCCUCGGAUUCCAGCACAGCUUUGGGUUCCGGCACAACCCUGGGCUCCGGCACAGCCUCCGCACCCGGCACAGCCCCGGACUCCAUCACGGCCUCGGACUCCCGGGUCCCGGUGCAGGAAUCGCUGCCGGCCAACGGCGGCCCCCUCCGCAUCCAGCAGCAGCUCCAGGCGGAGCAGAAGCAGCCCGGGACGCUGCGGGAGCACGAGGGGGAUGGAGCCCCCCGGGAUGCUCGCGGAGGUGCUCGGGUGGAUCCAGCCCCUCCGGUUUCUAUCCCAGCAGCCGCAUCCACAUCCAGCAGCUCUUCGGAGGCUCCGGCAGCCAAGGCUGAAGCGCCGGCGGGGCCGGAGGCCGGCGGCGCCCCGUCCCUGCGGCCGCGGGGGGAAGAACCUCCUGCCUUGCUGGAGACGAGGUGGGAGGCCCUGUCCCUGCUGCGAGGGCGCCGCUCUUGUCUCCCAAAGGUGCAUCCGGCCUCCGCAGACACCUUCCUGGUGAGCCCUGCGGGGACAGCGGACACGGAGCUCAGCAAGCCGGGCGUCCUGCUCUCCGUGAUGGGGCUGGACGGACACCCGGCCUUCCCAGUGCCCAGCGGUCCCUACUCGGGGGACUCCGACCGCCUGCAGAUCAGCAGCGACCCGCUCAUGAUGAGCACGGAUGACUCCCUGCCUCCAGCGCCUCAUGCCGACCCUCGGGAAGAGCAGGGAACGGGAGCGAGAUCCCGCCCGCCUCCGGACUGGGAUGAAGCUUCCCUGCGCACCCACGAGCUCCAGGUAGAGCAUUGCCCCAGUGUCCCCCUGGGAGCACCCCUGGAGGGAGACGCUCCCUUGGGAGACCCUGCAGCUUCGGCCACGAGCGGGUCCAGCAGGUCCCAAGGCAGAGUUCCCCCGGGGGACGUCAGGGGGGACGUGUCCUCCUCGUCAUACGUGGCGCCAGCCRUGGGCGUCGCGCUGCUCUCCGCCUUGGCUUUUCUGGUUUACAGCCGACUGCAGAAAUAGCCCUGGAGCAGAGAGAAAAGGGGAUGUUGCUGCCAGCGCUCGCCCCGUGCGAUUCCUCUUUGGGGCAGGAGUUCAGCCAGAGUGCUGGAAACCUGAGGGGCCUCCCUGGAAGGUUUUGCUGGAAGAGGCCUUGGCUGCCUGGUGCUGUUGGGCUUGGUGGGUUCCUGCUUCCCUGUCCUUGUCUUGGCCGUUCUCCUGGUGGGGUCGCAAGGGGAGCGAUCCCCUGAGUUGGAAAUCGAAGCCUUCCUAGUCAUUGCUCAGGUCUCCCUUAUUAAGCCCCCAAAGACCCCAGGGAGAUGUUUCCUGGUGGUCCAAAGAGUGGCUUUCCAGGUGCCAGGAAGAGUUUUGCCUACGUCCUGAAGGAGUGGAGCCGAUUUUGUUGGCUCUGCUCAGCCCUCUUGACUUGAGAAUGUGCCCGAGGGCCUGGGCAGCCCUCACCAGGUGCCCAACCUCACGUUUGCCUUAACUUCCACCCUCCCCGGGCCAUAGCAGUGUCUCCUGCUGCCGGGAGGAUCUAGCGAAGCAAAGUUAAUGGAAAGGGGAAGCUCGGCGUCUCCAAGGGGCUUCCCGUGGUGGGAAUGCGACAGGACAACCCACAUCCGUGCUUUUGCUUGGAGCAUCCUGCCUUUCCCUCRUGGCACAGGGUCUGUUUAGCUCCGCUGUGUCCAGCCCGCCUAGGAGCCCACGGUAGAUGUGACAGGAUCUGUGAG